AUGGCGCACGUUAUAAGCAAAACCGCCAUUGAUACCAUCACGACCACCGCCUCCGCCGCUACCGCAACAGCCAUUGUGGACCGCCGCCGCUCUCUUGUUCCUCAGUCCUGGGAGAAAUCUGUUCGCAAGAUUGGCCUGACUGAAUGCGAACAGGCGGGAGUCUCUCUCGCCCACGCCUUUGCCGCCGAUGCCUUGAGCAUGUAUCUCCUCGACGGCGACGAAACGGAUCGGUACUCGGACGAGACCAAAUGGAAGCUCCACGUCCGCAUCAUGACGUAUCUGGUGUCUGCCCAUUGCUACAGUGGCCUCGUCACAACCAUUGGCCCAGAUUAUGACUGCGUAGCGUUGUGGAUGCCUCCUGGGAUGCACAUGGACGACUGGUGGACCAUCUUCCGAAGUGGCAUGUGGCGCCUCUAUUACCAACUUGGCUCAGAGGGCCGCAAGCGCUACUACGAAGAUGUGCUGCCUCUCCUGCAUGAGACAAUGGACGAAGUCAUGGGAGACCGCGAGUACUACUAUCUUGCUUAUAUCGGUACCAAGCCCAGCGCUAGAGGCAAAGGCUAUGCCAAGAAGCUCAUCAUGGACAUGGCGGCAAAGGCUGAUGCUGAGAACCGUGCCAUGUACCUUGAAUCCAGCUCCAGCGACAACAUCAGCUACUACGAGCGCUUCGGCUUCAAGUACCGCAAGGAAAUCUCCUUCAAGAGAGGACCGGUGCCCGUGCCGCUCUACAUCAUGGUGCGCGAGCCAGUAGCCGCCAAAGCAGCCGAAGAAGCAGUGCCGACGCUGGACCAGAUUGAGACUGUCAAAGUCUGA